AUGCCUGCAAAGACUCUCGUCGUUACCCUCCUAGCUCUAUUUGCGAGCACCCUAGCCGCGCCUAUCGACACGCGGGGGUUACCUUCUAUCGUCGACGUCGCCAUUGACCCCGAUAUCGUCACUGGCAGGUCUGUACCAGACGUUACUUUGGAAUCAGUAGCGCCGGAAUCCGUCGACCGUAGGGCUGCUCCAGUAGUCGCUGAGCGCAUCAAUAACCCGAACCAUGUAACUGGAAGAACCAUUCCUGAUCUCACCGAUCUUCUCAAGGGACUGAAUCCACCGGAAAGGAUCUUUUAG